AUGUUCGCCGACGACCAGGCAAUGAACAACGACAGGAUCCAGCUGCAGGAACACACUGACCAACUCAACUCAAGCUGCAAGAAAUGCGACAUGAAGAUCAGUGUCAGUCAGUUCUUUCUUUCUUUCUUUCUUUCUUUCUUUCUUUCUUUCUUUCCUUUCUUUCUUUCUUUCUUUAUUUCUUUUUUUCCUUUUUCUUUCUUUUUUCUCUUUCUUUCUUUCUUUCUUUAUUUAUUUAUUUAUUUAUUUACCUACAAAUCUCCCUCCUUCUAUCUAUCUAUCUAUCUAUCUAUCUAUCUAUCUAUCUAUCUAUCUAUCUAUCUAUCUAUCACAGUCUGUUUAUCUAUCACGGCCUGUUUCUAUCUAUCUAUCUAUCUAUCUAUCUAUCUAUCUAUCUAUCUAUCUAUCUCGGUUUAUUCGUAUCUUUCUAUGUAUCUAUCUCGGUCUAUUCGUAUCUUUCUAUCUAUCUCGGCUAUUUGUAUCUAUCUAUCUAUCUAUCUAUCUAUCUAUCUAUCUAUUUCGGUCUAUUCAUAUCUAUCUAUCUAUCUAUCGAUCUAUCUAUCUCGGUCUAUUCGUAUCUUUCUAUCUAUCUCGGCUAUUUCUAUCUAUCUAGCUAUCUAUCUAUCUAUCUAUCUAUCUAUCUAUCUAUCUAUCUAUCUAUCUAUCUAUCUCGGUCUAUUCGUAUCUACCUAUCGGUUUAUUCGUAUCUUUCUAUGUAUCUAUCUCGGUCUUUUCGUAUCUUUCUAUCUAUCGAUCUCGGCUAUUUGUAUCUAUCUAUCUCGGUCUAUUCGUAUCUAUCUCUUUCGAUUUAUUUGUAUCUUUCUAUCUAUCUCGGGUAUUUGUAUCUAUCUAUCUAUCUAUCUAUCUAUCUAUCUAUCUCGGUCUAUUCGUAUCUAUCUAUUUCGAUUUAUUUGUAUCUUUCUAUCUAUCUCGGGUAUUUGUAUCUAUCUAUCUAUCUAUCUAUCUAUCUCGGUCUAUUCGUAUCUAUCUAUUUCGAUUUAUUUGUAUCUUUCUAUCUAUCUCGGGUAUUUGUAUCUAUCUAUCUAUCUAUCUAUCUAUCUAUCUAUCUAUCUAUCUAUCUAUCUAUCUUUGUCUAUUUCAAUUUGA